GUCUCCAGCAAGCAGGGAAAGAGGAAGUAGCUCACAACCUGUGAAGGGGCUGCUUCUGUAUCUGCUAGGCUGUGUUAAAGAAUAUGUGAAAUGUAUGUGUUGACUUCCUCAUUAGUCUGUCUAACUGCAGAACUUCCUUAUUAAAUUCACUACUAAAGAAAGCCCUAAAUAAAACGCAGAAAUGCAGCCUGUACCGGAAGACAUAAAGACCCUCAUAUCAGAUUUGGAAAAGUUUUUAUCAGAUGUGCUGAAAGGAGAAAACCUAAGCAAGAAAGCAAAAGAGAAGAAAGAUGCCCUUCUCAAGAAAAUCAAGGAUGUGAAAUCAAGUUAUCCCCAGGAGUUCCAAGAAAAAUGUGAUUCGGUGGACUCGGAUAACUAUGAAGACCUGGAAAACGAUACUGUUUCUAUGACCUCAGAAAGAAAUGAUAAAGAUGAAGAAUCUCCCUAUGAUGCAGCACACCAGUCACCUCCAGUUUCAGCCCAAGAUCUACAAUCAGUUUUUAAGGCAGGAUACCUAGAAAAGCGCAGAAAAGAUCACAGCUUCUUUGGACCUGAAUGGCAAAAGCGCUGGUGUGCUUUAAGCAACCACACCUUCUAUUAUUUUGGAAGUGACAAAGACAAGCAGCAGAAGGGUGAAUUUGCUAUAGAUGGAUACACAGUCAGGAUGAAUAAUACGCUCAGAAAAGAUUCGAAGAAAGAUUGGUGUUUUGAAAUCAUUGCGCCUGAGAAACGCAUCUAUCAGUUUACUGCAGCCUCUCAGAAAGAUGCAGAAGAAUGGGUAGAGCAAAUACAAUUUGUGUUGAAAGACAUGGCAUCUGGCAUUAUUCCGGAAGAUGAUGAUGACGAAGAAGGGGCGACCUAUGAUGACGUUGCUUUGAAUGAGGAACCUGGAGCCAUUGAGCCCAUAGAUGAAGAUAUUUAUGAAGAACUUCCAGAGGAAGACCUUCCUAAUCCUCCUCAGAAACAGCCAGAGAAAGUGAGCAAACCCAGUGUCAUCAACCUGACAGUUAAUAAAAGCACGGAUUACAGCAAUUACUAUCAGGGGCUGUGGGACUGUGUGGGAGAUCAACCCGAUGAGCUGUCUUUCAAACGUGGGGAUGCUGUCUACAUUCUGAGCAAGGAGUAUCAGAAUUUUGGCUGGUGGAUUGGAGAAAUAAAAGGAAGUAUUGGCAUAGUUCCAAAGACAUACUUAAUGGAGAUGUAUACUCUUUAAGACGUUCGGAGGUCAUCUACAAUCAAGUAACUUGUGUGUUAUUGACCAGUCAAAUGAUACCAUUACUUGUAACUGCAUUUGAAGCUGCUUUGUAAGCUUGCCUUAACAUUUACCCAUUUUAAUAUAUAUAUAUAUAUAUAUAUAUAUAUAUAUAUAUAUAUAUAUAUAUAUAUAUAUAUAUAUAUAUAUGAAUGAAUUAACUGUUGUUCCAAGACAUAUUCCCCUCAAUACCUUAUAGUAGUAUGGAAGUAAAUGUGCCCUUAUAUUACAAACCUAUCCAAACUACUAUUAAUAAAACAGUAAGGAGAACUUGGUUGGGUAUGUGUGAAGAAAGUAUACAACAGAUGGUACUCUGAGGAUCAGAAUUAUAAUACUGUGAAAAAUAUUUCCAAAAAGAACAGAAUUGAAUACUAGAGAUUGCAACACCUUUUCUGUCUGUAACUAUACACUAUACCUUUUAAAUGCAUUAACAAUUACUAAAAGCAAGUCACCAUAACUUCUCAAUCUUAAAGUACUCCUACAUGCUACAACAGUACACAUUAUUGAAGACAUACAAAUAUAAUGAUAUAUUAUAAUACGGGAUAUAUUUUACACUCUGGGCAAAUUGCCCACUCCAUAUAUGCUAUUGGAACAAUGUUAAACCAAGCCAUAUGUGUUUAAGUAUUACCAUCAUUUAUUUAUAAUUGUUGAUUUUUAUUUGUAUGUUUUAUUUAAAUUACUUGGAUAAAAAAAAAAAAUCAGAUUCUAAGCAGCUUUUGUAUUGAGUGAAAUGUAUCAGCAAUGUUAGCAAAAUAGCUUUUAAUAUUUGUAUUUUAAAAUGCUAGUCAAGGAGUGCUAUGUAUUUCUGUGCCAAAAAUAUAUAUAAUAGGAAAAAUUAAUCUUUAGAAAAUACAUAAAAACGAACACAAGGUGGCAGCAGAGACCAUGCACAGCUGGUGUAAUCCCCCAUUCUCAGUUGUAAUUCUGCCUCAUUAUUGUCAAUUCAUAGUUUUUUAUUCAUAUAUUUAUUUAUUUUAUUAUUAUUCCUCCACGGGAGGGGACUCCCUGCUUGUAAAAAUACAUAAUUAAAACUUUUCAAAACUAUUCUUGCAAUGAAACAUGACAUCUGUGACACCUUUCUUCCAUUCUUUGUCUCUUGUUUAUAAUUUGUCCCUUUUGUUAGCCAUGCCAAAUUGAAAGAAAACAUAUGGCAGGGAAAUCCUCCCAGUUUAGUACAGUAAUAUCCCUCUUUCAGGUUUGAUACCUGUAUCCUUCAACCAGUUUGUGCUUGUUUUUGCUUUUUGUUUUGCAUCCCUCCAUUUAAUUUCAGUAUUUAGAAAUAUGUAUUACAAAUUAAUUAAUUUCUUUAUGUAUCAUUUGAUUACAGUUGAGUAGAUUGCUAUUUGUUCAGAUAGAUAGCCAUACGUAGAUUACAUUUGCUAGUUGCUUAGUAAUAAAAUAAUUUGCUAAAAUUACAAUUCAAUAUAUAUUUUACCAGCAUGGAAUUACAUGAACAAGGCACAGGUAAUACAUUUUUAUUGUGUGAUUUGUAUAAUGAAUCAUUUUGCUCUUUCAGCACAAAUGUACGCUUUUUAAUGAUAUUAUUUGUUAAAGAAUGGGGGAUAGAUCAUUCUAACACAAUAAAGGCAAUCAUAAAUGG